CGAAGAUCAGGAACUGUUACUUUGAAACCAUUGGAGUGGCCUAACGAAGUCGAUCCGGCUUACACUAGCUCGUAAAAUGAUACUGAAUACUGGAGGCACAUUGAAUAUGUAACACCGCCAGUGUGGUUAUACAACUAGCUUCGUUACAAUAUGAAGCGGCAAGCUACCGACCAAGUUGAGAAACCGACAAAAACUAAAAUGCGCCAAACAACACUGUUUUCCUCUGAUAAUCCUGCAUCACAGCCAGUAAACGAGGAAUUAUGGGAGACUACAACAUCAUUACUGGUCUACACACAUCCUAAAUGUCAACCAAGCAGUAAAAUUUUAGGCUUGGAUUUGGAUGGUACAGUUAUUGUCCCAUCAUCAGGCAAAGUUUUCCCAAAAGAUUAUACAGACUGGAAGCUGAUCAAUAAUAAUGUUGUGCUUAAGCUCAAAGAAUAUUUUGAUAAAGGAUAUAAGAUUGUUUUGUUAUCUAAUCAAAGAGGCAUAACAAAGGGUUAUCAAGAUAUACCUAGUUUUAAAAUAAAAAUACAAAAUAUUGUAGAUAAACUGAACAUACCAGUUCAAGCUAUGUUUUCUAUACUAGAGGAUAAAAAUCGUAAACCUCUUACUGGUAUGUGGGAUUAUCUUGCGGAAAAAGGCAACUCUGGAGUGCCUAUUGAUUUAUCUGAAUCACUGUAUUCUGGAGAUGCUGCUGGUCGUCCAGCUUCUGGAAAUCGUAAAAAAGAUCAUUCGUGUUGUGAUCGUUUAUUUGCUUUGAAUAUUGGAAUACGUUUUGUAACCCCUGAAGUGUUAUGGUUUGAUCAACCGGAUACAGAAAAAUUUGAAAUGCCUAAAUUCAAUCCAACUGAACUACUAUGGUCUACUGAUUUGGAGGCGAAUAGCAAGCUGCCAUUAAUUGAAAAACCAAAUCAACUAGAACUUAUCCUAAUGGUUGGAUAUCCUGCAUCUGGUAAAUCGCACUUUUGUAGUCAGGUGUUGGCACCAUUGGGUUAUGAAAUCAUAAGCAGGGAUGCCCUUGGAACAUGGCAAAAGUGUGCUCAUGCUACUGAACAGGCUAUAGCAAAGAAAUUAUCUGUUGUAGUCGAUAAUACAAAUAUGGAUGUUGAAUCAAGAUCACGUUAUAUUAAGAUAGCUAAAAUAUGGGAUAUUCCAGUGCGUUGUUUUCUCCUGGAAACAUCGUAUGAACAUGCUCAACAUAAUGAAAAAUUUCGUGCACUGACAAAUCCAUCCCAUAAACCAAUCAGCAGUAUGGUAUUCAGUAUGAUGAAAUCGAAAUAUCAGGAGCCGACUGUGCAAGAAGGUUUUCAUGAGAUAUUAACUAUCCCUUUUAUACUAGAUAUAAAUAUGCAGCAUGCUGCAUUGUAUUGUAAAUAUUUAUUAGAAAAGUAGCGCUGAACACGAGUGUAAAGAGAUUAUAAGCUAUCGUGUCAGUUUUUUUUUACCUGUAUUCAAUUCAACCUCGGUGUGCGUUGUGUCGUGUCGUGUCUGAGUGCCUGUGUGUGUGUGUGUGUAUCUGUACGUCUUUUAAUUUUGCAACUGGGAGUGGCAUCUAUUUUCUUUCUCUAUGAGUUUACUGUACUUCUUGUUAUUUGCAUACUAACAUUGUACAUAAUUUUGUUUAUUACAAGAUAAUAAUUGAAGAUUAUUCACUUGGAAAAUCAAUAAUCUAAAAGAUCAAUAAACAAUAAAAUAUAUAUGCAUAUAUUAUAUUUCUCUAUUUCACUUGUUGUUUUAUUACUUGUUACCCUUGUUCAUUCAAGUUGGUUACUGUUCAGU